AUGGCCUUAAGACCCGAAGAGAACACCAGCGGCCCUCUCGUAGCCACUCCGACAUCUUCAAACCCGCCAAAAGAAGUCAGCUUUCCACUACUGCUACUGUCUCCACCCACCAGUUCAACUCAAGAUCCACGCACACCUGCUCCCGUAGCCCUCACACCAGACGCCGAAUUCCGCAUCAUAGAAGCCGAGCUUGCAAACUGUCAGCUGACUCGCGAAGCCUUAGAAAGACGCGAGACUGCACUGCACGAACGCAAAGCAGAAAUCGUUCGGCAAACAAAGAUGCGGCUUGACAAGGAAGUGCGAGAGAUGACUGCGCAAGAUCAAGAAGACAUCGAUCAAGGAUUGUUCAUGCACGAUGUGCAGAAGAGAGUGGGAGUCAAUUUGAAGAAGAUAGACAGGAAAGAUGAAGCUUCACCGGAGAAAGUGGAGCAAGCAGAGCAAGUGGAGGAGAAGAAAAGUGUCCCCAUCAGUGCGCCGGAGCGGAGGAGACUUGCCCGUCUCGUUUUGUUGAAGCAGGGCCCUAGGCUAGGACGAUGA